UAAAAUAAAAAUUUUAAAAUUUAAUUGAUUGCACCCUUUUGCCUCUAAUCUUUAAGUAUUACCGUAUUUUUAUUUAGGGUUCACAAUUUCUUCCUAACCAAACAAAGCUGCUAAGAGUUUUCAUCAAGCUUUCCCUCAUAAUCUCUCUCUCUCUCAGCUCAGUUCUGCUCUGCUGCUCUCGGUUCCGUGGUAUUUGUAUACGUGUUUUACCGUGAUGAUCUACUAUGUCCAAUGAUCUGGUAUCUCAGCAAUUAUCUAUACCUGGUAACCAAAUGGCUCAGAUGGAACCCAUUUCCAGCAAAUUGGAUUCAGCAAUGUCCAUGGGAUUGAUGGGAUUUGGGACCAAUGAAUCUUUACAGCAGCAGAUACCUUCAAAUAUGCCAAUAGGAUUGAUGGGAUCUGUGACUAAUGAUCUUGGGUCACAGUUAUCCUCAAUUCCUGACCAGCAAGGUGGACAUAUCGAAUCUCAGGCAUAUACUCAGCUAUCAGAACAGUAUUUAAUGUCUAAUAAGCCAAUAGGAGGAAUAAUUCCCACCAUGUUGGAUAGCUUGAGAGCACAUCAAUUACCAACUUUGAACAAGCGUAAGGCACCGAUGGAACCAAUUUCCCCUAAUUCUGUUCCACAGAAGUUAUCAUUGUCGAACAAACGAGUGGCACAAAUGGAACACAGACCUUGGUUGCAACCAAUAUCUGCACCUAGUAAAAGAACUGUUCAGAUGCAGGCUGUUUCCAACUCACCAGGAUCACAGCCUUCUCCAGCAUCAAAUAAGAGAUCAGUUCCAAAUAAAUCUGGGUCAUCAGCUUCAAGGAAUCAGUCUGCCCAGAUGUUGGCAUCAGCAAAGGUUCAGACUGAGUCAUUUGAAUCUGUAAGGUCCAAAAUGCGGGAAUCUUUAGCUGGUGCCCUGGCCUUGGUCUCUCAGCAGCAAGGUGAAAAUGCAAUGGUAGAGAAUAAUUCAAAUGGUGAAGCUGCACAUUCCCCAGGGAAGAUGGAAGAGGAUUCUAACUCUGUUGUUUCUAAUUCUGGUAAUUCUGAUGCUGUCCGUUCUAUAUCUGCAAAACCUCAGGGAUUAUUGCUUUCCAAUCGGGAUGGUGCUUGUGAUGGAAAUACUAGUGAUGUUACACAAACUUUGCAAUGUGAUAAGCAGCAAUUUCAAUUGAGUAAUCUUUUGCCUGAUGAGGACGUUCCAUUUACUGACAACAUUUUUGCAAGAGAUGAACUUUUGCAGGGAAAUGGCCUUUCUUGGCUAUUAGAGCUUGAAACAGAUGCAGCAAAGAAAGAGGAAAUUGAAACGUUUGGGAAACAAAAUGCAGAUAAUGAAAAGGUGGGAAAAGAUGAUUUAGAACAAUCGUCACAGUCUCCACAAGAGUUGGCAUAUCAAAUUGAAGCAGAACUCUUUAAAUUAUUUGGAGGUGUGAAUAAAAAGUAUAAAGAGAAGGGCAGGUCUCUAUUGUUUAACUUGAAGGAUCGUAAUAACCCUGAACUCAGAGAAAGAGUUGUGUCUGGGGAAAUUCCUCCUGAACAACUAUGUUCUAUGAGUGCUGAGGAACUAGCUUCUAAAGAGCUUUCACAGUGGCGACAAGCAAAAGCAGAAGAGCUUGCUCAAAUGGUAGUUUUGCCUGAUAUAGAAGUUGACAUUAGACGUUUAGUGAGGAAAACACAUAAGGGUGAGUUUCAAGUGGAGGUUGAACAAACUGACAGUGCUUCAGUGGAAGUUUCUGCUGGAACUUCAAUUAGUCGGCGACCAAAAACCGAGGCAAAACAGGCUCCUACAACUGGUAAAGCUGUUGGAAAGAAAGACGAGUCGGAUACUGCAGGUGAAAAGAGUAAUCUAGAGGACCCACAUCUUACCAUUACCAUUCCUUCAAGCGAGGGACCUGAUCCAAUGCAAGGGUUGAUGGGAGAAGAUGAAUUGAAGGAUGCAGAUUUUCUUCCUCCAAUUGUUUCCCUUAAUGAGUUCAUGCAAUCUCUUAAUUCAGAGCCACCGUUUGAGAAUUUACCUGGUGAUGCUGGAAAAGCAACAUCCAUUUCUGAUAAGGAUGACUCAGAAGCUGGUUCCGACCCAAAGUCUUCUGGUCGAGCUUCACAAGAUCCUGUGGAUGCAAUGCCUGAUAAACUUGGAAGUAUUGAUGCAAUUAAUCUGAAAUCUGAUUCAGAUGUUAAGCCGAAUGAAAUUCCUACAAAAUCAGGAGCUAUUGUUUCUGUAGCCAAUUUGAAGGGUGAACAUGUCUGGGAAGGGAUGCUCCAGUUGACUAUCACAGCCAUGACCUCUGUCAUUUGUAUUUUUAAAAGUGGUGAAAAAGCUUCUACAAAGGAUUGGCCUAGCUGUCUUGAAAUCAAGGGCAGAGUCAGGCUUGAUGCGUUUGAGAAGUUCCUCCAAGAGCUUCCCAUGUCACGGAGUCGUGCUGUUAUGGUGGUUCAUUUUGUUUGCAAGGAGGGAUCAACCGAGACUGAGCGUGAGAGCCUUGUUGAGGCAGCUGAUUCAUAUAUUUUGGAUGGGAGAGUGGGUUUUGCUGAGCCUGCCUCCGGUUUUGAACUUUAUCUUUGCCCAUCACAUGCGAAAACACUUAAAAUGCACAGCAAGAUCCUCUCAAGGGACCAACCUGAGGCUCUUAAUGCUAUUGAUAAUGGUCUAAUUGGUGUCGUUGUAUGGAGAAGAGCUCAAUUAAUUUCUAAACACUCAAAAAAGCAACACGUUUCUUCUAGGAGACAGCAAGAAAAAGAUAUUACUAACAUGAAUAUGCUUAAUUCCCCAUCAAAACUUACUUUUUCCCAUGGUGGACCUCUCCGUUCCAAAACCCCUGCUGAAGACGAAGACGAUGUACCCCCGGGAUUCGGCCCUGCCAUAUCCCGGGAUGAAGAUGACCUACCUGAGUUUAAUUUCUCUGGUGGUUCAAAUCCUUCGGGCCGACAAUACCCCACUGGCCACGAAUCCCAGCGAGUAGGAAUUGCCUCUUCUCGUUUACGCUCUCAAACAUCAUCUUGCCCUGUUGAUCAAGUGAGAGAGCUCAUACAAAAGUAUGGACAACCAAAUACUAAUGCGCCCUUAGGGGUUUCAAUCCAAAAGUGGAAUGAUGAUGAUGAUGAUAUACCGGAAUGGCAGCCUCAAACAACCCAUCAGCAGCAGCUGCAGCCCCCAACAACCCAAGUUCAUAGGUUUACACAGCCAAUGCAUGCAUCUCUGCAAUUACCCCACCAGGCAUUACCAACAAUGCAUGUUCAAGGUCAACAGAACGCUGCCCAGUCAUGGCAGCAGGGAACUUGGUGGGUUCCUCCGCCUUGUUCCCAAGGCCAACAACUUGUUAAUGGAGCUCAAUUUUACAGGACAGCAGUAGGGACUGGGCAACCUGCCUGGCGACAGGAUGAUCCCAACAGUAGAGGCUCUUAGUUUCGAUCUUUUGUAAAUCCAGUGUUUUAUGUUGCUGUUUUGUUAAGCGUUCCUCUAGCUUUUGUAAACUUGAUGAUAUCUUUUCAUCACAUCCUUUUAUUUAAUUAAUAGUAGUGCUUCUAAUGUAAAAUGGGCUUUUAACAAAACCACUUUUCAAGCAAUUCAAUUAUCCAGAAUUCAACGGUAAAAUUUCUUUGAAACUACGUUUGCAUGAAAUUUCGGAACAUCUGGAGGUGGGUUCGAUUCUUACCGGACCACUUGUAUGCUUCAGUGUAACUCUCGUUACGCACAGCAAAAGUAACCUAAGCACCCAAAAAGCCACUCGGACAGCAUCCUCUUUCCAUUCCAUUCCAUUAAAGC